AUGUCUAACAAGCGGGCGUCCUUGUACGGCGACGAGUUCAUCACUGGCCGCAGGAUCGGUCAGCACCUACCGCGCAUCGCCAGCGGGGACGGCCCUGAAGACUGCUUCGACGAGCCGAAGGUUGAGAUUGAGCCGCAGGUGGAGGACCGAAGGCGGCGUAGGGAGGAACGCAUCAUGCAUGCGCGUGACUGGGAGCCGCCGACGCCGGAGAAGCCUCGCGAACCAGAUCUGGUCGUCCCCGGUAUCACGGAUGGAGAUGACGUUGCGGGCAUCCCCGGCAGGCUGCGCCUGUCGAAAGACAGAGUGCCGAAUGCACCGGCAUCUCCGCUGCCGUCUGCGCGCCUCACGCGAGGGCUGUGGGCGGACGUGCAGAGGCAUCUCCUCCAGGCGUACGAAUAUCUGUGUCAUGUAGGAGAGGCGCAGCAGUGGAUCGAAGGAUGUCUUGGCGAGGAUCUGGGUUUCGGGGUGGUCGAGAUGGAGGAGGAGAUGAGGAAUGGUGUCGUACUCGCGAAGUUGGUGCGAGUAUUUAAGGGUGAUGCAGCAGUGCGGAGGAUCUACGAGGCACCGAAAUUGGACUUCCGGCAUUCGGACAAUAUCAAUCACUUCUUCAGAUUCGUCCGAGAUGUGGGUCUUCCGGAAGGCUUUGUCUUCGAGCUCACGGACCUCUAUGAGAAGAAGAACUUCCCGAAGGUCAUCUACUGCAUCCAUGCACUCAGCCACCUGCUGGCACGGCGUGGCCUGGCGAAACGGAUCGGUAAUCUGGUUGGCCACCUGCAAUUCACCGACGAUCAAUUGCAGAAGACGCACAAGGGCCUCAAGGACUCCGGUGUUGCCUUGCCAAAUUUUGGUAACGUAGGAAGGGAACUGGCUAAGGAGAUCAAUGAGGAGCCAGAGGAGGAGGUUGAGACAGAAGACGAACGGCGAGAUAGACUUUUACUUGAAUGCGAGGACUCUAUUGUCGCCGUGCAGGCGGCUUCCCGCGCGUUCCUCGUCCGCAAGGCCCAAGCGAUGCGACGAGGUCGCAUACAGCUUGCGGAGCGUUAUGUGCCCAAGAUUCAAGCUCAGUGCAGAGCUGUCCUCAUUCGCAGGCGCAUGCAGAGCGAGCGGGAUAAGCGCGCUGAUCUCACCCCUUGGGCCACCGCAGUCCAAAGUCAACUAAGGGGAGUGAUUGUUCGAGCAAAAUGGCAAAUCCAUUUGAAUGCGAUCGAUGCCUCUGCUCCGUACGUCGUCAAGACGCAGGCACAGGCGCGGGGCGUCCUCCAGCGCCGAAGAUUCAACAAGUUGAAGACUGCUCUGCGAAAUGCGAAGGUUUCUGUCGUAAAGCUCCAGACUAUGGCUCGUGCCCAGAUCGCUCAGAGGAGCCACAAGGAGCUUGCAAAGACGUUCUCAAUUCCAAUUAUCAUGGAGAAUGUAAUCAGCGUGCAAGCACAUGCCAGGGGUGUAUUGACGCGGUCACAUCUCGCCCGCCAGCGACAUAUGCUGGAGCGAUGCGAACCCGCCGUGAUCUGUCUGCAAGCUCAUGUUCGUGGAGUUUUGAUGCGCCGACGUGUUCGCAACCAGCUGGCGAAGCUCGAGGAUGUGGAAGAUGUCGUUGUCAGGAUCCAAGCCGCCGUUCGCACUUAUCUUGCGCGGAGACGGCUGUUGGGCCUGAUCCGAGGACUUCGCCAGGCGAUCCCCGCCGUUGUUGUCCUGCAGGCAAGAGCGCGGGCAAACCUUGCUCAACACCGCCACAAGUCGAUGCAUAAAGCUCUGUCCAAAGUCGAGGUCAUUUCAUCUAUUGGUACCCUUCAAGCCUUCGCACGUGCAGCAUUGACUCGUAAUCGGCACCAGGAGCAGACGAAGCGUCUGGACUUCGUUGAGCCUGACAUUGUGGGCUUCCAAGCUUCCGCUCGGGCCGCUCUCGUCCGUUAUGAAUAUCAAGCAUGGAGGGACUAUCUAAGGGGAAGCCAUCCGCAAGCGACUAUCUUGCAGGCCCUACUCCGGGGCGCUCUUCAACGAUGCAAAUUCCGUGCAAAAAUGCAAUAUUAUCGUGAUAACCUGGACAAAAUCGUUCAGAUCCAAUCGCUGUUCCGUGCGAAGGAGACCCGUGAGCAGUAUCGCCAGCUCACGGUGGGAACUAACGUCAGCGUGGGCACCAUCAAGAACUUCGUCCAUCUGCUGGAUGACUCGGAAGCGGACUUCCAGGAAGAGAUCAAGGUCGAGCGCAUGAGACAAUCCGUGGUCAAGCGCAUCAGAGACAAUCAGGCGCUCGAGAAUGACGUCAAUGAGCUUGACGUUAAGAUCGCUCUAGUAGUCCAGAAUGUUAAGAGCUUUGAGGAGCUGACUAAGGUUAAGCGUAAACUUGGUGCAGAUAGCGCAGCUGCGCAUGCAGCGAGAGCGUCGGUGCUCGCGGCGCAUGGCGAUCCGUUCGCAGGCCCGAGCGCCCUCGAUGCUGCAUCCAAGCGCAAGCUCGAGCUGUACCAGCAGCUGUUUUAUCUCUUGCAAACGAAGGGUGGAUAUCUGACGAGAUUGUUUGCGCGCAUGGCGAUGGAGAAGGACGCGGAUAAGCAGCGCCGGCUCACCGAACGAGUUGUCUUGACAUUGUUUGGAUACGGCCAGGAUCGUCGUGAGGAGUAUCUGCUUCUGAAAUUCCUCCAGACCGCAAUCCGUGAAGAGGCUGCGGCUGCACUCACCAUCCAGGAUAUUGCUAGGGGGCACCCUAUGUUCAUCAAUGUUGCUGUCCAUUAUCUACGCCCGAAGCAAACUUCGUACAUCCGCGAGACACUGCAGCGCGUUAUACGUGGAGUGAUUGAUUCGGAUGACCUGGACCUUGAGCCGGAUCCUUCCAAGCUGUACCGUGCAAGGUUAGACCUGGAAGAGAUGCGUUCAGGCGUCGCCAGCACAACGCCUAAGGAUGUGCCAUUCCACGUCGCUCUCAAUGAUCCGGAAACGAGAGGGGAAUAUAUUCGACACCUCCAAAAGCUUCAGCGGUGGACAGAGGAGUUCGUCAAAGCGAUCACGCAGUCAAUCCAUCGGAUGCCAUAUGGCAUGCGAUACAUUACUCGGGAGACUCUGAGUGCAGUGCGAAACAAGUUCCCUGAUGCACCGCUGGAGGCUUGUGCUGCCUGCGUCGCCAGUCUGGUGUAUUACCGAUAUAUCAAUCCUGCGAUCAUCACUCCAGAGACCUACGAUAUGGUAUCUAGCACAGUCGACAUCGCUUCACGCAAGAACCUCUCCCAGAUCUCAAGAAUGCUCACGCAGAUUACGACUGGCGUUGAGUUCGAUGAAGAUACACCUAUAUAUGUGCCUGUGAAUGACUACGUUCGGAAGGCUAUCAAACAGGUCACCUCAUGGCUUAUCGCAGUUGCGGAUGUUCCGGAUGCAGAGACGCAAUACCACGCUCACGAGUUCUUGGACGCAACGGUGCCGCCUAAGUCCAUAUUUAUCUCGCCAAACGAAGUGUAUGCCAUGCAUGCUUUACUAUCGCAGCAUAUGGACGAUCUCGCUGCGGCUCGUGACGAUACCCUGAGAGUCAUCAUUACAGAACUGGACGGCGUACCUCAUCUUGGCAACGAUGAGUUGAACGAUGCUCGAGAUUCUCCCAUCGAGCUUCAGCUGACGAACCGCUUCGCUCAAGUAAAAGAUCCUGCUGCAGAUGAGAAGGCGUUGUGGGUACAGGCAAAGCGCGCGGUUCUGGCCAUCUUGAGGGUACAGCCUGCGAAGGACCUCGUCGAGUCCCUGAUGCAACCAGUCACAGAAGAGCACGAGACGAUUUGGGAGAGCAUCAUAGAAGACAUGCAAAGAGACCCAAUGCGUCGUCAGAGGCGCAUGCCUUCAGCGACGGCAGUUGAGUCAGCAUAUCGUCUUGAAGAUAUCCGAUCGAUGGCGUUCAGAGAGGUCAAAGCGCAUGCGAUCUUCUUCUUGCUUGAGCUGGAGAAGCGGGGCAAGAUUUCCCGUCAGGAUGGCUAUCAAGGGAUUCUCAACGCAAUUGCGGGCGAUGUGCGCAGCAAGAAUCGUCGCAGAGUGCAGCGUCAGCAUGAGAAAGAGAGCAUGGAAGAGGCUCUUAAGUAUCUGGUUGAGCGUAAGAAGUACUUCGAGGAACAACUAGACAGCUAUCAUAGCUAUGUCGAAGCCGCUAUGAUUACGAUGCAGCGAGGGAAAGGGAAGAGACGGUUUGUCAUGCCGUUUACUCAACAGUACUUCCAUUUGCGGGAAUUGCAGAAGGCAGGAAAAUCACCUCAGUUUGGCUCCUUCAAGUACAGUGCAUCUUCUUGGUACAAGAAGGGCAUUCUCUUGUCCAUCGACCAAUAUUCCCCACGUCAGUUUGACAAGAUUGACAUCGUCCUGUCUUCCAAUGCCGUCGGCGUCUUCACCAUUGAAGUGUUCAACCACGCACUUGGCAUCACCAACCGCGUCGCUUUUGAAGAUGUGAAGAUGGAGGACCUUCUCCAAGCGCAAUUUGAGAAUCGUCCAUCGUACUCGAUGUUCAAUGGUCUCGCCAAGUUCAAUCUCAAUCUACUUCUAUGGCAGAUCAAUAAAAAGUGUGUUUGUUCUCAGGUUAUGUGGUCAGGCGUCGGCUAA